GUAUGUAUCAGUCAGGAUUCACACCUGUGUAUGUUUUCGGAACUUCUCUUGUAAAUUUGCACCAUAGACUGUAUACAUAGACUGUUUACAGUCUAUGAUUUGCACACUGUCAGUGCAAAAGAACUCUCGUGAAAUCGUCCUAAUCACGUGGGCUGCUAAAUCUGCUCUUGAAUCCGUCAUGUUUGGGCUGAUCAUCUGCACCGAACACUGGUGAAAGAGUGUGCCAGCGUGCCGGUAGAGCACUGGAUGUCCACCGAACUAAUGCAAUGGCCUUUCUUAACGGUGGUAGUGGAAUGGACCAGGAGUCGUUUCACCUCAUUCCUUAUUCUAAAUCCAUCAGGACUGAAAAACUUGAACAGGAAAAAUUAUCUGGUGUAGUGAAGAAUGUCCACCGAAAACUCCGCAGGAAAUAUGUUGAAGUGGGUGACUUUGAGAAGAUUUGGCGGGAGCACUGUGAGGAUGAGCGAACCCUCAGCGAGUAUGCUGUGGCCAUGAAGAACCUGGCUGAUAACUACUGGACUAAAAACUGUGAAGGAGAAGUUCGUAUUGAAUGGUGUCGCAGUAUUUGUCAAGACUAUUUUCUUGAUGGUGGAAUGAAGAGAAUGCUGGAAAAAGAUGAGAAAAGUGCAAAGUUUGCCUUUGGUGGGCCUGCUGUAAAUGUCCAGUCUCAGUCCUCUUCAAGGUCUACUCUUCAUUCAGGCAAGAUCCGGCUAUUGGAUGUGGGCAGCUGUUUUAACCCCUUUCUGAAAUUUGAUGAAUUCUUCACAGUUGGUAUUGACAUAGUGCCUGCAGUUGAGAGUGUGUACAAGUGUGACUUCCUGAACCUGCAGCUGCAGCAGCCUCUGCAGUGGGCCUCUGAUGCCAUGGAGGCUUUCUUAGAGCAACUGCAGGGCCCCAUUGAGGCGUUGCCAGCGCAGCUCUUUCAGGUGGUGGUCUUCUCUCUGCUGCUGUCCUACUUCCCCUCUCCAUACCAGCGCUGGAUCUGCUGCAAGAAGGCCCACGAGCUGCUCAACCUCAACGGCCUUCUCCUCAUCAUCACACCAGACUCCUCCCACCAGAACCGCCAUGCAACCAUGAUGCGCAGCUGGCGAAUUGCAGUGGAGUCAUUGGGCUUCUGCCGCUACAAGUAUGCCAAGUCCUCCCACAUGCACCUUUUGGCCUUCCGCAAGGUCUCGCUGACCACGACCAGUGACCUGGUCAGCUGCAAUUACCCCGAGAUGAUGUACAUCCCCCAGGACUUCCAUAUCCCAGAGCAGGAAGAGGAUGAAGGGGUUGUGCACAACCGGUCAGACCUGGAGGAUGACCAGAUAGCACUUGGCUUUACGGAGCUACCAGACAUGCCGUAUGACUCAGACUCUGGGGACAGCCAGAGCAGUAGUGCCCCGUUUCAUGAGCUGGAAGAUCCAGUCCUGCUUCAGAACUGAAACACACACACUCCCAUUCCUCUUCAUAUUUGUCCUGUCCUUCCCCUCUGCCAGCCUGAUGAGACAGACCUGCUGCCAAAUGAACUUCUAAUUCAUACGCACACGGCCCUCUAAUGGUUUUGUACAGAACAAGAACAAUGCAGUUUGCACAACGGAAGGAGACAUGUUUACCCCUUACGUAUGUCCUCUUUUUUUGAAGCUGUGUCUCAGGUUUGAAGUUUUGGAAAAGUAAACCUUCAGAUAUCCUGUCAGUAGAACACUACUGUGCACCCCUAACAUAUGGUCUGGGCUUAUUGUGGCCAGCCACCUAUCCCAGAGACUAAACAAUGUCACACGUGUUCUACAGACACUGCAGGUUUACCACUUUACAUGUGAAAAGCAGGGUAAUGGACAACAUUGCUGCUGUGUUGUAAAGGGUUUCUUGCUAGAGUUAUUCCUGGUUAAGGAAAGUAAUAGAUGAAACUUAUUCUACAAAUGGUUUCCCAACCAGCAUUUUAAACACGUGGUUCCUUUUUGAGCUGGAAUAAGCUGGAAUUGGCCGGUUAUUAAUCAUUUUCAACUUUUAUUUUCUGAACAUGUUUUAUUGCAAAAUGUAAGUGCAAGUAUGGGUUAUGCCAAAUAUUUGCGUAAGUGUUACUAAACUUCAGAUAUUUUUGUUAAUCUUAGAAAUGUCAUGGUACUUUUUAAAAGAAAGCACACCAAAUUUUGUUGUCAGGACGAGUAGGAUGAGUCGAGUUUUGUGAGAAUUUUAACUGGUAGAAUGGCAAACGUUAUGCAACUAGUAUGGAGACUUGAAGGAAAAAACAAAGAAUUCAUUUGUGUUGUUCAAACUGUAGCUUUAGCUUUAGAUUUUCUUGUUUUGACCAAAUUAGAUUUUACAAAAUGUUACUACUACAAUGGAGCACACCCAAUUACAAUGCAGAAUUACACCUAAUUGCACAUAAUUUGAGAGAUUUUGGUUGGAAUCUAGCCAAAGCGCUUGCAUCAGUGUAUAUACCAGUUACCCCUUUCGUUGUCAUUAUAUAUGAAAUAAAAUGAGCCGUA